GUUCAACCUUGGCGAUUAUGACUAUGAUCGACACUUUUAGUUUGUUAAGUUUUGAGUCGAUUGUAGUUGCUGCCUGAUUUAUGCACGUGGUUGGACUUGAUUACCUCAGUCACUCUGUUUGAAAUUGUGCCUUGUGAGUUUGGGGGAGGAAAAUUAAGGAUUCUAGGAGCAAUGAGAUUUGUUCGAUUCGAAAUUUACUGAGGCUUUCGCUCUGUAAGAUUUGGGAAAUUUAAAUACUCAUUUUUGAAUCCUACAGGACAUGAGCAUUGAAUUUGACACCUUGCAUGAAGAAUACAAAGAGCUGGGAAGUGAAUUGGCACAGAAUGAACUAAAAGCAUCGUCACGAAGAAAGCAUACUGGCAGAAUGAGGGAGGUCAGACAGGGAAUUAAGAGAAUGGAGAAGUUAAUGAAUUCAGUCUCUGGGUUUCAAGCUGCCAUCAAAACGUUGAUUAGUGAGACUCCUAACGUCCAGGAAGUACUAUUAAUUCUUGGAGCAACCCCACUGCGGCCGCAAUAUGUUUAUGAACUGUGCUUUUCACAUAAAAAUGUUGUGGUAAGAGGUGCAGAUUACUUCGUCAAGCACAAAGCAGCAGAAGUUCUUUCAAGAAAGCAGGCUAUUCGAACAUUAAUCUCAAAGGAUGCUGGGUCUGCCUCAUAUCCAGGCCCUACUAAGUUGUUUCUAUUGGUGAAGGCCCCUUCCUCUAUCAAUCUGCCCUUGCACUUCAUUCCAAAACGUGAAUUCCGGUAUAGCAAAAAGAUAAAGCCUUUCAAACUACGAUUUAAAUGCAAAGCCCAAAUCCACCAGAUGAAUGAUCCUGGUCUUGAUCGUGAAUUUCAAGUUGGAAACUCUGAUGACUUGGCCAACUCUUCGGUAGAAGAUUCAAUCUGGUUUCAAUGUCGACAUGCAAUCAAGGGGAUAGCAUUCAACAGACCUGAUGAAGAUUGAAAGUGCCGACUGGCAAAGUUACAAUACAAGUAAACACUAACCUGUAAACUUGCUAAUGAAUUGCUUCUAAUUGUAUUUUGUAGGCCAAAAAUCCUUGACCUUCGAGAUUUUAGCUUUCGAUAUGCAGCAGGUGAUCUGGACUAGGAUUUACAUCCUUUUAGCUAUAAUUUCAUUGGUGGCGAUUUAAGUAAACUUCUAUGUUGUCCUUCAGCUAUUAAAAUGGUGAGUCUUAGUUAAGUCUUCUUACUA